GUUUGCCCGCUUACGCAUAGCAGCACCUGGGGCUUUGCAGUAGGGUGUGUAGCGCAGGGUAGAUCGCAGGCCUAGCGUGUGUGAGGCCGCGGGUUUGGUCCCCCGCUCAAAAAAGUUUAGUUCUUCAGGCCUCCCGGGCCCUUCUCUGUGUUUGCGGAACGUGGGAUCAUAGACUGGUAGUCAGGCCAGAACUCUGAGGUCCAGAAGGUGGAGUCACACUUUGGAGGAGUAGAGACGGGACAGCUGCAAAUCUGCCCAUGGGCCCUGCGCCAGGGGCUUCCCAAGACGCGCGUCCUGCAUCUGGGACUCCCAGCUGGAGCAGGACAGGAAGACAAGCAGGCAGGAGGAGGAGGAGGUGCCUCUGCUGGCGCCACCUUCUCCCUGCCCCCACACUCCUUCCAGUCCCAAGUGAUCUUUCCCCCAGAUCCCAGGGUCCAGGCUGUGGGCCAGAGGCAGCUGGGAUUGGUCAGGGCUGGAGGAGGCGGGUCCAGCCUCCAUGACCCCUUCUGCUGAGCAGAGCAGGUGGAUUUCCAAGAUAGAGCAGGGGCCGCAGGGCAGCUGCUGCCUUCAGCUGCGACCUGUCUUCCAGACAUGGGCCCGGGUUCGCUUGCUCUCCAGCCCUGCGGCCCAGCAGGAAUGCAGACAGCCUGAACACCGCCAGUUUAUGGCCUGACCCGUGCCCCUGAUCCAGGCACACCUGGCCCCGGGCAUGGAGGCUGUGGAGCCGGUUCCUCCGGCGGUGGACCUGGUGCUUGGUGCCUCAGCCUGUUGCCUGGCCUGCCUGUUCACCAACCCCCUGGAGGUGGUGAAGACGCGGCUGCAGCUUCAGGGAGAGCUGCAGGCCAAGGGUACCUACCCUCGGCUCUACCGUGGCUUGGUGGCUUCGGUGGUUGCUGUGGCCCGUGCAGACGGCCUGCGGGGCCUGCAGAAGGGGCUGGCCGCCGGCCUCCUGUACCAGGGCCUCAUGAAUGGUGUCCGAUUCUACUGCUACAGCCUGGCGUGCCAAGCUGGCCUCAGCCAGCAGCCAGGGGGCACUGUGGUCGCAGGUGCCGUGGCUGGGGCACUGGGAGCAUUUGUGGGGAGCCCUGCUUACCUGGUGAAGACGCAGCUGCAGGCCCAGACGGUGGCCGCCAUGGCCGUGGGGCACCAGCACCAGCACCAGAGCGUCCUGGGCGCCUUGGAGACCAUCUGGCGGCAGCAGGGCCUGCUGGGGCUGUGGCGGGGCGUGGGCGGGGCGGUGCCCCGAGUCAUGGUGGGUUCGGCCACCCAGCUGGCCACCUUCGCCUCCGCCAAGGCCUGGGUACAGGAGCAACAGUGGCUCCCGGAGGAGAGCUGGCUGGUGGCCCUGGCGGGGGGCAUGAUCAGCAGCGUAGCUGUUGCCGUUGUCAUGACCCCCUUCGACGUGGUCAGCACACGGCUGUACAAUCAGCCCGUGGAUGGAGCUGGCAGGGGCCAGCUGUAUGGGGGCCUCGCCGACUGCCUGGUGAAGAUCUGCCAACAGGAGGGCCCCUCAGCGCUCUACAAGGGCCUUGGCCCGGCCUACCUGCGCCUGGGCCCCCACACCAUCCUCAGCAUGCUCUUCUGGGAUGAGCUGCGAAAGCUAGCCAGCCGGGCCCAGCACCAGGACACCUAGGCCAGAGCAAUGGUCGAGACCCCAGGCCCAGGUCCUGCACAGGUCCAGGGAAAGUGCCGACUGCUUUGGUCAACCCAGCCCCGGAGGACCAGCAUCCACUCGGAAUCACCACCCCUCCAUCCUUGUUCUUCUCGGUCCGGGGCCAGCACACCCCAGCUCCUGGCUCCUUCUCAGGAGCCUCUGCGGCACCAGUAUUGCCGGGAGCUGUGCCACUCUCCCGCUCCAGCUCGCUGGGCCCUCCGACAGCGUGACAGGCAUCCUGGCCAAAGCCACGCAGCUGCGGGGCGGCAGAGCCAGGACUGGAGCUUCGCCCUGCCUGCCCGGACCUGGGCUUUUGACAAGAGUACUGCUGUACCGGGGUGGUGGGACUGGAGCAGGCCUUAGGGGCCCCUGUCCAGGUGAGGAGCCCCUGGUGCGCUCCCUGUCUUGUAUCUAGGGCCGCUCUACCAGGGUGCCACGUAGUCCAGGACUUAAACACUAGAAAUUUAUUUUCUCACAUCUGCAGGCUGCAAGUUGGAGACUCAGCUGCUGGUAGGGCUCAUUUCCUUCUCCUCCCUUCUUCCCUUCCUCCUUUUUUCCUCCUUCCCUCCUUCCUUCCUUCCUUCCUUCCUCCAU